AUGGCAUCGCUAUUCAGACGUCUCUUCUCCUCAACCCAGACAUCACCAGCAAACAUGGCCGCCACCAAGCAGAAGGUUCAGUCCCUCAUCGACGACAACAAGGUUGUCGUCUUUUCCAAGUCGUACUGCCCCUACUGCCGCGCGACAAAGUCCGUCCUCGACGAGAUUAACGCCGACUACACCGUCCUCGAGCUCGAUCAGAUUGCACCAGAUGAUGGCAGCGCAAUCCAGGACGCCCUCCAUGAGAUCACCGGCCAGCGCACCGUCCCCAACAGCUUCAUCGCCCAGAAGCACAUUGGCGGCAACUCGGACCUGCAGGGCCUGCUCAAGGGCGGCAAGCUCGAGAACCUGCUCAAGGAGGCCGGCGCUCUCAAGGCGUAA